CGCGGCUACGCGGACGCACAACGCACUUCCUCUCGUUUCAGGUUUUUUGACAGCAAGGACUCGCCGAGCUUUUGAGUCGUCGCUGACAGCAUUUACACCCCCGCGAGUGGUGUAUAUAUAUAUUUUUUUUUUUUUAAAAGAAAUGUUUUCGUUGCGGACUUUGCGCACGCUGUGCUCGCGGCGGGCUUUGCUGCCAAACAGCCGGCUCGCGGCGAAGCGACAGGCCGCUUGUACGACUGUUACACGGUCGACCCGCUGCGUGCACAGCAGCGUGGGCCUCGAAGCACGGGGGAGGGAGAGGACGCGUAUUGACUCCACUAACACCGUGGGCAGUUCCCAAAGGGGCUACUGCACGGGUCAAGUCCAACUGCGCUGCUGGAACUGCAAACAGCGCCUCGACACGACUCCUGCCUUCUUCUGCACGUCGUGCAACGUCAUCCAGCCGCCGGAAGAAGGUGCAUCCUACUUUAAAAUGAUGGAUUGUGACUUCACAUUCUCGGUGGACACACAGAAGCUGCAGAAGAGAUACCUGCAGCUGCAGCGGGCUCUGCACCCAGACAACUUCAGCCAGAAGCCUGUGACGGAACAGGAGUUUUCCGAAAGCCACUCGGCUCUCGUGAACAAAGCGUACCAGACUCUGCUUAAGCCUUUGAGUCGCGGUCUUUAUAUGCUGGAGCUGGAGGGGAUGCGCACCGAAGAGGGCACCGACCCGGGGGCAGACCCGGCUUUCCUGGCGGAGCUGAUGGAGAUCAACGAAGCUCUCGACGGAGCACUGACGCCGGAGGACGCCGACGAGAUCGGCCGGGACACAAAGGUAUGUACCAAAAGAACUGGAACUCAUCUCCUCCUCACUUGCAGGGAAACUGGCGGUCUUGACAGAGGCGAUAGACGCUGCCCUUCGUGCAGGAGAGCUUCAAGCCGCCAAAGCCCUGCUUGCCCAAAUGAAGUACUACGCAAACAUCGAAGAGAAAGUGAAGGAAAAACUCUCUGAAUUCAUGUGAUUUCUGUCCCUUUUUAUUUAGUGUCACUUUAUUUAAUAUUUUUAAAAAACUGUUUGUACAGAGGCACACAAAUUAUUGCACAUUUGUUUUUGGAUUAUGUAAAGCUAUUGUUCAAGUUGAAUAAUACAUCUAAUUGUAAUGUUUUGAACUUAAUAUCCCUUAUUUUCUUUUUUUAAAUAUACAAAAAAUGCACAGAUACAAGGGUGUAAUUUGAUACAUAGCUUAUCUCCUUUUGAUUUCCCGGAGCCUAAUCAUAUCCACUUGUACUUAAUGUAUCAUUAAAUAUGACUGAGAUCUAUAAUUGGCGCUGAUUAAAUGUGCUGCUCAGAGGG